AUGGCGGAUCUCCUGGCUGCUGUCGCUGCGACGCCUCAUGCGGCCGAGAGCGAGGAAAGCGGCGCCGUUAUCGGCCUUAGUAACACGCAGUUGAUGGACGUGAAGGAGCAGGCGAUCGCAUACGCGGCAGCGCACGGUCUGCUCGUUGGCUGGCGCGACCCGAGCAAGCCCAAGGACCCCACGCCUGCCUUCACGCACAUCCCCUUGUGUCUGCUGCCCGUGCAAUUCCCCAGAGCGCAAUUCGAACAUGGCGUCAAGUUGUCGCCUAUCUACGGUCGCCUGGUGGACCGUGUGAGUCGCGAUGUGGAGUGGCUGCACAGCUGCGUACAGAGUGUCGUAGCCGAGGACGCCUUCACUGCGCGGCUCCUAGAACUCUCGAGGCUCGUGCAGAAAGAAGGCGUCCAACAGAAGGCGUAUCUGGGUAUCCAUCGCUCCGACUACAUGCUGCACGAACCCCAAGCAGACGUGGCUGGAGACUCGCAGCGUUUGCUGCAGGUGGAGCUCAACACCAUCUCGUCCUCCUUCGCCUGCAUCAGUUCACUCGUCUCGGGCAUGCACAGCUUCCUUGUAAGCCGACUGGGAGCAGAGAUUCCGGCCCUGGAAAAGCACUACGGCAUCCCAUCGGCCGAGUAUGCCAACGCAUUGCCGCAGAACGACGCGAUCAUUGAGCUGCCGAACUCCCUUGCGUCCGCACACAAGCUCUACGGCGUCAAGGAUGCUGUGGUCAUGUUCGUGGUGCAACCUAACGAGGCCAACGCCAUUGACCAACGUUGGCUCGAGUAUAAUUUGUGGGAGCAUCACGGUAUCCGCGUGCUGCGUCGCACUAUGGCUGAGGUGGACGCACGUGGCAAGCUGGUGGAGCGUGAUGGCAAGCGCACACUGGUGAUUGAUGAACAUGAAGUCUCAGUCGCGUACUUCCGUUCUGCGUAUACGCCGAACGACUACCCUACGGAGCAGGAGUGGGCUGGUCGGACUCUAAUUGAACGCUCGUACGCCAUCAAGUGUCCGUCGAUCGCUUACCACUUGGCUGGCACUAAAAAGGUGCAGCAAGUGCUUGCACAACCUGCCGUUCUUCGUCGCUUCAUGGCAGAAGAAGAAGCCAAGGAGCUGGAGACGUCGUUUGCCGGUCUUUAUGGACUGGAGAAGGACUCUGCGACUAUCGAGGAUGUCAAGAAGAUGGCGGUCGCCAACCCACGCUCGUACGUGCUCAAGCCUCAGCGCGAGGGUGGAGGCAACAACUUGUACGGCGACGAGGUUGCUGCAGCCAUCCAGAAGAUGAGCCCAGCUGAACUGGAGUCGUACAUCUUGAUGGAGCGUAUUUUCCCCAAGGAGAAUCCAGCCGUUCUCAUGCGCAACAGUCUCACAUCUAGUGGACCUACGAUCAGCGAGCUCGGAAUGUUCAUCACAAGUCUGUUUGACGGCGACGAGAAGGAGAUCGUCAACAAACACGCUGGUCACCUGCUCCGUACGAAGCUCUCAGGUACCGAUGAAGGUGGUGUGGCCACGGGCUUCUCGGUCGUGAGUAGCCCACUGUUGAUUUAG